AUGGCGGCGACGAAUACAGACAUGCAUAUGCUUCAGGAAAGACCAGCGGCACAUCACAUCCCUCAGCACCAGCCGUCGUCGCCUUCCCACUCUCUAUCCUCGCCGUCGCUCGUCGAGAGUAUUCGCAGCCUUCGCGACGAUUCGACGCGCCCACACAACGUGCCGGCCACUGCGGACGAGCAACACCAAAUCCGAGCACGUCGCAAGCCCGUCCCGAGUCCGCUGUACCCAGCUGGCAAUAACGGGCUCUCAUAUCAGCAGUUGUCCUAUCAAGACUCACCACGCUUUGACGAACCGCGCAGUCCGCGCGAGAAGCUUGACGCAUUGCUUGCGGAGGAGCAACAUCAUACCUCGCCCAUUCGCCCAACCAAGCCAGCGCAUCCGCCUACACCACCCAACUUUCCCGCCCCAAAUUUCACGCAGCCUUCGAGGCCGUCUGCGUAUGCAAAACUCCGGCAGGUGUCGUCACCCACGCUGUCCUCGGCUGGAAUUUCCCCACCAGCGUCACCCGUCACCAUGCCUCCACCAUCGCGGCCGAACCGACCUGAGACGAGACCGACGGUGCCUGUCCGCAACCCUUCAAUAGAUUCAGCAGCAUCGUCGCUAUCUUCGACUGCCUCUCAGAACCGCCCUCCUGCCAACCAUGCGACGCGACCGUCGCAAGAUACGAGCACGGCGAACCCACCAGAUAUGGCCGCUCUGAUAGCCACAGCAGGCUCACCAGAGGCUGCGAUGCUGGCGUUGUGGAAGGAGAAGCAGAACACAUCCAGUCACAAUGCGCAGCUCUGGCGGCUGGUCGAGAAGCAACGGUCCAUGAUCAUUGGGCUGCAGAAAGAUCUCGAGCGCGCAUUGAAGGACAAGGACCGCUACCGCAGGAAGUUCAAGGAGUAUGCUGAACAGGUACCACCAGGUCCUGGCUCACUACAGAAGUCCGACACUUUCGACUCGGUCGUGGAACGCGAGACUAGCCAGUCGCCAGCCCUCAGUGAGCCAGCUGGCGAGCCCGCUAGGCCCAGCGACUCCAAAGCCGGGGAGCACAAGACAUCGCCCUUGACACAAGAGCACCCCGCGCCACAUCUCAUACCAGACUCGCAAUUAGCGACCUCCCCGUCUCAUUCUACCGCAUCGAAUCUGUCGUCAGCCGUGAACUCGCCCACCGACUAUUCCGUACAACCCCUUAGCCUUGGUAGCAAAGGUCUCGGCCUCGACGCCACCUUGCUGCAGCCCGGUGAUGCUGUUCAACCUCCAGAACAGGCCUCGAAGCCGACUACGCCUCCCCAGAAUAACUCAGAUGUGACGAUAGUCCCAAGUGAUUCACAGCUCCAGCCUCCACAGAUAUCGCUGAUCCAGGCCACGCCUGUCAUUGGUGGUGACGGUUUCGAAUCACCUCCUAGAAAGACUCCACAACCUCUGCGCAAGGCCCCGCCAGCUCCGCUCAACCUCUCGAAACCCAUUACGACUAGCGCACAUCUCCACCAAGCUGUGCACGGCGACGAUGUUGAUUCAGACUACGAUGAUACAUUGGAAGUGGACGAGAUACCUGUUGUGGAGCUGCGGGGAAGGAGGAAGACUCGGGAGGAAGAUGAUCGAGUCCGCGAAGCUAUGUAUUCGAAAGACGAGGAAGCUAGAAGCAAGUCGAAGAAGAAGAAAAGCGAAAGCAAGAGCAAACAACAAGCGACGCCAUCUGAAACACCAGCAGGCGAUCAACCUCAGGCGGUCCCGGUUCCCCUUUCGCCGCGUCAGUUCAAUGCGCUGCAAUCAGGCCUUCCACUCUCUCCCCGUCACCCACCUGCCAACUCUCUAAAUGCUCUUCUCAGCCCUGCCAACUCGGAUAGUUCUAUGAUGGCCAACCGGAGUGUUGCAUCGCCACUCAUGAGUCCAGGACUUCCUUCCAGCCCCAGACCUACUGAUAGGCCACUAGGGUCACCAUUACCAAGAAACCCUAAGCAGUCGAUAGCAUCACCGCCCAUGUCGCCAACUACCACCAGUCAAUCAGCUGGACGGCCGGUACAGCAACAAGUUCCUCUCCCGCCAAACACACCUCAGUCUUACCAGUCACCUCCAGUCAACCAGAGUCAACAUUCUAAUCAGCUCCGCAAAGAGUCGUCUACAGGCCUCUUGACAGUACCAGGUGCGCAACCUAGUCCAGAAUCGCCAUCAAGUAGCCCUACCUUGAACGAUGUUCCGGAUGCAGAGCAUGUCUAUCGUGGACUCGUCUCUGAUCAGUACCCUGGACUCUUGCUCCCUCCCAACGCACUACCUUCUAUUCAAGUCAAGGUCUUCUCGUCCCGCCUUCGGCCGUCACGUAUGAGCAUGCUAGCUCCUAAACCACAGGAGGAGGACCCUGUCUUCAUUCUCGCCGUCUACGCUCGUUCAGACAACAAACAGCUAUGGCGUGUGGAGAAAACGAUUGCCACGCUACCCUCUCUAGACUCUCAGCUGAGGUCCAUGUGCGAUUUCCAGGGACAACUCCCAGAUCGUGGUCUUUUCGGGGGUCAUGCUCCUGCCAAGAUUGAUGCUCGAAGGGUCGCGCUGAACCAAUAUUUCGAUACUGUUCUAGAAACCCCUAUGAACGAAAAGACAGCCUUGAUUGUGUGCGAAUAUCUUUCCACUGAUGUCAUUGGCGCACAAGCUGGUGACAGACUGGCCCCCGAGCCCACACCGGGUCCAACGGUGUCUGUUCAGAGGACGCAGCGCAAGGUCGGUUACCUUACUAAGCGUGGCAAGAACUUCGGGGGCUGGAAGGCACGUUUCUUCGUUCUGGACGGCUCAGAGUUUAGGUACUUCGAGGGCGAAGGUGGUGCGCAUCUGGGAACGAUCAAGUUGCAGAAUGCACAAAUUGGGAAACAGUCACAACAGCAGUCAAACCAAUCGCCACAACGAAAGGAUGACUCCGAGGACAAUCAAUAUCGACAUGCCUUCCUCAUUUUGGAACCAAAGCGGAAAGACUCGACAAGCUUAGUUCGCCAUGUGCUGUGUGCAGAGAACGAUGAAGAGCGAGAUGCUUGGGUUGAGGCGCUUUUGCAGCACGUCGACAUACCAGAUGAAACUUCACCAAUCGAGAUUCGCGUCCCCUCUGCCACACGUCUACAAAAGCAACAGGCCAGUCAAGACUCAACGCGCUCGCAGCGGAGAGACAGCCCUGAUGUGGCAGAGCAAGAUCGCUUACAAGGCCUCAGCUAUGAUGACGCCGUUCAAGCUCAAGCGCCUGUUCGCGGUCCCAACCACCGAGACAUGAUGGUGGAAAAGGCUUCACGAGGCUCCCCCAAGGAAUCAUCCUUCCACCAAGACAACUCAGGUCACUAUCCUGCCAUCUCUGGACCCAGCAAUGGAACCCCAAUCAAGGACUCUGAAAGCUGGGGCAGCAAGCUAAUGGCGGGACCCACGGCAGUCAAGGAUAAGAAACGCAGCAUAUUCGGCUUCAGAGGUCGCGGCGGUUCUUCCGACCUUGCGCCAGUACAAAUCAGCACCCCACUGCAGUCAACCACGGAACAUCGUCUACCCCCGGGCCGCAGUGUUUUUGGCAUCCCACUUAUGGAAGCUGUAGAGUUCACACAGCCUGAUGGAGUCAAUGUGGCGAUACCAGCUGUCGUUUACAGGUGCUUGGAAUACCUCCGAGCAAAGAAGGCGAUUAGCGAAGAAGGCAUCUUCAGGCUUAGUGGGUCGAACAUUGUCAUCAAGGGCCUACGCGAUCGAUUCAACAACGAAGGCGAUAUCAAGCUGCUGGACGGGCAAUACUACGAUGUUCACGCUGUUGCGUCGUUACUGAAGUUGUACUUGCGGGAACUACCGGCCUCUGUUCUAACUCGGGAACUGCAUCUUGAUUUCCUCAAGGUUCUCGACAUGGACGAGCGUAGCAAGAAGAUUCAGAGCUUCAACGUUCUUGUACACAAACUCCCUAGGCCCAACUUCGAGCUGUUGCGACACCUCGCAUCGUUCCUGAUUGAGAUUGUGGACAACUCGGGAGUGAACAAGAUGACAGUGCGAAACGUCGGCAUAGUGUUUGCACCAACUCUGAACAUCCCAGCUCCGUUGAUAUCUUUCUUUCUUACUGAUUAUACCGACAUUUUUGGUGCUGCUCUUGACGAAGCCAGCUCUCCGAUCCAUGAGAUUCGGAAUAACACGUCACAUUUAGGUGACGAUGCUAUUCGAUCCCCAAGGAGGCAGAUGUUUUCUGAUCUCCCAACGCCUGCGUACAACGAGACAACGUUCCAGCAGCGUAUGGAUCGACCGCCUCAAGGCUACCAAGGAAACAGCGCUCCCAACUAUCCACCUCCGCAACCUCCACAGCAAUAUCAGCAACAGCAACAGCAGCAAUACAGUAACCAACAACAGCAGGGUCAAUAUAGUGGCUACGACUCAGGCUUCAUUCCGAUGCGCCCCAGCUACGACACCCCAGCCUACGAUCAACCUUACAAUUCUGGAGAGGGCUACGGUAGCUUGAAUGGAGUGGUACAGUCGAGUGGAGCGCGCGAACAACGGCAACGAAAACGAGAGAGUGGCAUGCUCCUCAUGAACAUGGGCAUGGGUGGCCAACGCAAAGGCUCGGGUGGACCGAACGCGCAACAACGCGGAGAUGGACGAUACGAUCCACGAAUGUACUCGCAAAACAACACGCCCAACCCCCUAAUGGUACGAGAAGAAACGGCAUUCGACUGA